UCCUUACCAGCCUGAUUUUGUUUUGACGAAAAAGAAAAAGCUAGAUUCUGUUUGAUGCUUGUUAAGAAUAUGUUAUUAAAACCCUGUAAAGUUGAGGAAAAUCUUCCAAAACCCUAUAUAUAUGGUGUCCAUUUCCUUUCUUCCCUCCAGUUUUCAAUCACAUUAAUUUCUGGAAUGGCUUCGUGGUUUAGUUUCAUGAUCUCCUCUGUUUCUCUUCUAUCUCAGCUGGUUAUACUGCAACCUUGUAAAGUGCAUGGUAAUAGUGAUGCAGGCGAAGAUAAACAACUAAAGCAAUCAAAUGGAUGUGAUUAUUUUCAAGGAAGUUGGAUAAUUGAUAAUUCAUAUCCACUUUACGAUUCAUCAAAGUGUCCAUUAUUCAUCGAUCGAGAAUUCGAUUGCCUGAAGAAUGGUAGACCUGAUAAAGAAUACCUCAAAUAUAGAUGGAAACCGGCCAGUGACUGUGACCUUCCAAGAUUCAAUGGUGAGGACAUGCUGAGGAGGGUAAAGGGAAAGAAGAUCUUACUCGUCGGGGACUCUCUAAGCUUCAACCAAUGGCAGUCACUUACAUGCAUGUUGCACACUGCAGUGCCCCAAUCAAAUUAUACUCUAGAUGACCCCACAUUUUCUUUGCCUGAAUAUGGAGUUUCUGUUACACUAUCUCGAAAUACAUUUCUAGUGGAUCUAGUCACGACAGAGAUGGGCAAGGUUCUCAAGCUUGACUCCAUUGAAAAUGGCAAAGCAUGGAAAGGAUACGACAUGCUUAUCUUCAACACUUGGCAUUGGUGGCUCCACACAGGAGGCAAGCAACCAUGGGACUACAUUGAAUCAGGAGGUAAAAUACUCAAGGAAAUUGACCGUUUGAUUGCUUUUAGGGAGGGAUUAACUACUUGGUCCAAGUGGGUGGACUCGAAUGUUGAUGCUAACAAGACCAAAGUUUUCUUUCAAGGCAUUUCUCCAACCCAUUACGAUGGAAAUGAAUGGGACGACCCAAAGUCAACUUGCAAUGGACAAACUCAACCUGUUAGUGGAUCAAUCUAUCCAGGAGGUCCACCACCAGCAACAACUGUGGUCAAGGAUGUCUUGACUACAAUGUCAACGCCAAUAACUUUGUUGGACAUAACGUUACUAUCGCAAUUGCGAAAGGACGGGCACCCAUCUGUAUACGGCCUCGAUGGAAAACAUGGAAAUGAUUGUAGUCACUGGUGCCUUGCUGGUGUCCCAGAUUCAUGGAAUGAACUAUUGUAUGCUAUUCUUGUGACUACUGACUAGAGAAGAACUUGGGCACGGCUUCACGGGAUGUUAUUGUGAUUGGUGAUGAUGUCGAGUCAUGGAAAUUGUUCUCACUAGCUAGAGGAGAAGAUAUAAUAAUAAACUUAACCGUUAAUUCAAUUAGAACAUGUAAUAAAGUUCAUAUAUGUAACAAAGUCUCAAAGUUUCCAACCAUUGGGGUGCAGUUUGGGUUGAUUGAA